ACUCACAGCUCCACUGAACUUGGUUGCUCAUUUUCUGACACACACACUACACGCACACUACACACUACACACUACACACUACACACACCUCUGUGGGAGAGCUCAGAUAAAGACCAGUCUUUGGAGUGGCGUCGUCACACAAAUACAACAACACACUCAAAGAGCAGAGCAAACAACUUGCUUUCUUUCUUGCUCUCUCACCCUCUAUCUCUCUCUUCCCUCCCAUCCACACACACACACACACACACACACACCAGUACAGUAUAUCAGCGAGCGACUAGCGGUGAGCCAGAGGGGAGUGCAGAAAUGAAUGUGAAGAUCCUGACGCUGGUGAUUGUGCUCCUGGUGUCUCUGCUGUGUUCUGCCAGUGCUGGUCCGAUGGCCUCCACGGAACAUGGCCGAGAGCUGGGAGAAGCAGCCUCGGUGAGAAAACUGGUGCAGCAAAACCCCAUAAGAGCCGGUCAGACCCACAGACCAGCCGGCUGGAAGAGGAGACGUCCACGACCCCGUCUUUCCCACAAGGGGCCAAUGCCGUUCUAGAGCAAGGCACUGCUUUGAGCGCCCUCCCCCAGGUUCUGAUUUCUAUGCUCUUCCUUUGCCUUGGGGGGCCUUGCAGCCAAGGGCCUACGCUUGCCCUGCCUGAAGAGUGAUGUCCAUAGCACCUGCUGGUUCUUCAAGCAACUCUGUCCACAAGAUUUAAGAAAAAAAAGAAAAAUCAGGACAAAGCCGCUCAACCCUCCGCUCUAUACGGAGGAAUGGAGGAGGGCCGUGAUGGGGGGGUUGGGGAGGUAUUGAGCCCAUGCUAUAGAAUUCUAUCCCUUCUGGAUCUCUCUCUGUCUUCUCCAAAAUGUACCCCCCCCCCCCCCCCCCAUCAUUUGCUUUAUACACGCCGACACAGACUUUGCAUGACAUGUGGCCGAGAAGGAGCCCGAUUCUAAACUCUGUGUCGCUCAGAUUUAAAGUUACAGGCAGCCCCCCCCCCUCAUUUGAUAGAAACCAGCUUUCAAUAAGUGAAUAUACCAAUUUCAACUCAAACUUCAUUUUUCCCACAUGACUUCUCCAAUUGAAGCAUUGCACACAGAAUUUGUCCAAAUGUCCACCUGUGCUACUAUUUUCCUUUUAAAUAUAUAAUAAUAUACCACAUGGAAGCAUUCUUAUGAAC